UUGGGAAGGAAAGGAAUGGAGAAUCUAAAGGAGGGGCCCGGCGCAUUCCUGAGCCUGGGCCGGGAGCCGCAGGCACGUCCCGAUCUGCCGUUAGAGCGGUGGUUGCCCAAGGCGACCCAAGGGGCUGAGUCAGGGCUGGGCGCUGGCCACGCCAGGAAGGGCGGUGGCCGCGGCGUGAGGCUCAUAACCAUAACCGCUCCGGCUCCGCCACAUCACACUGCGGCCCCGCUGAGGACCGAGCCCCCUCGUCACACCCCAGCCAUGCCCACGGAGACGGAACGCUGCAUCGAGUCCCUGCUGGCCGUCUUCCAGCGGUACGCGGGACGCGAAGGGGACAACUGCACGCUCUCCAAGAAGGAGUUCCUGGCCUUCAUGAACACCGAGCUGGCCGCCUUCACAAAGAACCAGAAGGACCCAGGGGUGCUGGACAGGAUGAUGAAGAAACUCGAUUUGAAUAGCGACGGGCAGCUGGACUUCCCCGAGUUCCUGAACCUCAUCGGGGGCAUCGCGGUGGCCUGCCACGACACCCUGGUUGUUAAGACCCCUCACCCCUAGACCCGGCCGCUGCGCCUCCCCCCACCACUGUGAACAUUCCUCCAAGAAGGCCGAUACAAAGCUGGAAGCAGCGCCCUUAAGAUGGGGCCAUCCCUAGUCCUCAUUUUUAUGUAUAAAAUAAAAGGUUUAAAAUCCUAGCGUAAGGCAUGGCUUUAUUUUGGCAUCAUGAGCGAGGAGAAAGCACUAUAAAGCAGCCCGGCCACGGAGGGAGCAGGAUCUCUAGGUCCUACCCUCUGCUUCUCCACUGAGGGGAGAACACGCUUGCUCUCAUCCUUGGAAUCCAGAACCUACCAUCUCCCUGGCCUUGGAGAUGCUCCAGC